AUGUCAGGACCGAAAAUUGCUUGCAUCGGUAUAAUUGGAAAAGCUGAUAACCCUUUGCAUAUUUCGCUUUUCCCUCCUUAUCUGAAUUCUACUGUUGAAUUCUCGUUCCUAUUGAACUCUUGUCUCGAUAUCUUUGAGAUACGACAGAAGCAAACUUCAGUCGACCAAGACCUAGGCCUCUUGCACGCCGUGGAUGAAAAACUAGCGGCAUAUGGUUGGCUAACAACUACUGGAGUAAAAUUACUGGUCAUUAUUGAUUUGAUCGGACAACCAGUUCCAAACAGCAUGGGGAAACAAAAAGGAUCUCCGAGGACUGGUUCCAAAGAUCCAGACCUGAAACCGAAGUCCAAAUUAACAAUGAACUAUUAG